AUGAUAAUCCAAAUCUUCCUGGAUGCUACUAAUGUCUACCCCCUGCCCCGCCCCACCCCUACACAGAUAGCAGCAGCGUUGUGGUGGUAUUUCGUCUCUAAAGGAGUAGAGUACCUGGACACGGUGUUCUUCAUCCUGAGGAAGAAGUUUAACCAGGUCAGCUUCCUACACGUCUACCACCACUGCUCCAUGUUCACCCUCUGGUGGAUCGGCAUCAAGUGGGUCGCUGGCGGACAGUCAUUCUUUGGUGCACACAUGAACGCAGCCAUCCAUGUCCUGAUGUAUCUGUACUAUGGGCUGGCCUCCUUUGGACCCAAGAUCCAGAAGUACCUGUGGUGGAAGAAGUACCUGACUGUCAUCCAGAUGGUAAGAGAUCCGUUUACAGUAACUUGA